AUGCUGCCUAAGGCUCCAUUAUUUGAGAUGGAUCUUGAAACAGAAAACAGAAUUGCUGCAAUUCUGAUGAAAGAAGCAGCAGAAUUAAGGAGACAAGCUGCAAGAGAUGGAAUAGAUGCAUAUCUUCAUCCUCCCAAUGUAAGGGGUCGACCAAAUUCACGUUUUCUCACUGCAACUGUUCUUGGUGUACAACAAGCUAAUCGAGCUGUGGAAGUAAAUGAGAUGUGGAAAGCACGUCAAAAGGAGAAAGAAAUGGAUGAUAGAGUUAGAAAAUAUGAGCAAAAACGUGCAAAUAAUGCGAUUCAUGAAUCUCAAAAGAAUGCAAAUGUAAGAUUUGAUGAUUAUGAAAGAAAGCAUAGUUCUUUGUGUUCAUCAAGCAAAAGUCCAAGUGAAGAUGAAUUAAAGGACAAAGAGAUUGAAGAAUUCUUGCACUCAAGGGCGAAGCGGGGUAGGGGUGCAGUGGGGUCCAGGAUGGAUGAAACAGGGCCAUAUCUUCCUGAAGAGUCGAAAGGGAAAGAUCUAGAUGACAUUGGAUAUAAUGAAUGGUGGGAUAAUCGGGGUGUUAUUGGCCCAAAAAGGCCUCAUAGUCUGAGGGCAAAAUCGUCUUCUGAUUCAGAUUGCUCUGAAAGAAGGGAGAAAAGGGUGAAAAGAGAUUGUUCAAGGAAAAAACACAGAGCGAAAGAAAAGUCUAAAGACAAAAAGAAGAAAAGGGAGAAGAAAAGAAGUAAACAUCAUAAGUAAUCUGUUAAAUUUUGUUACAUCUAUUGGAUAUGCUUUGAUGGAUUGUGAAAAUUGUGUUUGUGUACAGUUGGUUACUAAUGGGAGUUGAUGUUUUUCGUUAAUCUUGAUUGAAUGACUUAAUGGGUUAAGCCAACAAAAACCAAAAAAACUUGGUUUAAUGUAUUGAUAAAAUGGAUGGAUAUUGGUACAAUUGAUGAGUAUUGUGAAAGUUAU